AUGGCCGGUGGAAGAAGGCAAGGCAUGUCUGUCCAAGACCCUGCCGAACUAAAAGAGAUACAAGCCAGUGAACUUCCAGUGGAAAGUUCACGAUUUGCAUCUGAUGAAAAUGAUAUGGUGGAAAAAUUUGCUCAAAUAAUGGCAAAUGGACCCAUCAUGGACAACAUCCGCAUGAUGGCAAUGCAACAAGAUAGAAGAGAUGGUGGACCGAAUCUCUCAAAGUUUGAGUCUAUGUUGGAAAGGUCCUUUGGAGGGCCAUUUCCUCCAACUCAGCAGCAGGUGCAGUCCUUUCCAAUGGCACAAACUUACACUCCAGCUGCACCUGUGACUGCUUCAGUGCCACAGAUGACUGUUCCACAAGUUACGCCCAUGCCAACCAUUCAACAAGUUCAGAAUUCUCCACCAGUGGUAUUUCUACAGCAGACUUGGCAUGAUCAACCUGGCCAACCAUGGCCAUACCACAACCCACAAGCACAACAGAACGUUUCACCUGUGAACAUUCAGCUAGCCACACCUGUUCCAGCAAGGCCACCCAUGGUCAUUCCUAUGGCGGUUGGGGGGCAACCUUUUCCAAGGGAGCCACUUCUUGACCAAGGAGGAAGGAACCGUGGCAAAAACAACUAUACAGAUGCCAACCCCUUGCUUAUGGAUGGUGGAGGGUAUCAGGAAUUUGGCUUAACUCGAAGGGGUGGAAGACCAAAUUACAGAAAGCCCUAUCCAGAGUUCAUUAAUGAAGUUGAAUUUCCAAGGAAUUUCAGAAUUCCAGAGUUUGCAACGUUCAAUGGAGAGGGCGAACAAUCUACCUUGGAACAUAUCAGUCGAUUCACUGUCCAAUGUGGAGAAGCAGCAGCCAAUCCAUGGCUGAAAGUACGCUUGUUUCCAAACACACUGACUGGAUAUGCUUUCAGAUGGUAUUCCAACUUGCCAGCCAACUCUAUUCAAAGUUGGCAGCAAUUUGAGGAUUUAUUCCAUACUCAGUUUUAUAGAGCUGAGCUUGAAGUGUCCAUGGCAGACCUUUCCAGACUUCACCAACUACCUGGAGAGUCUGUGAUGAGCUUCCUUUCUAGAUUCAGGCGGGCCAAGUUCAAAUGUAAUUUGUCUUUGCCGCCAGAAGAAUAUGUGAAGAUGGCUAUGAACGGCUUAGAAUUUGAACUUCGCAAGAAAGUGGCUAAGUAUGAAGAGCUCCUUCGUGAGGAGCAAGACCGGAAGAGCUCUUCUAAGGGCACCUACUAUCGUGAUCCUAACUAUAAGGUGUAUACCACUGAAACUGAAGGGGAGUUUGAAGUAAAUGUAGCUAAGCUCAACAUAAAAAAGGCUUAUACUUGUGAGGCCUUGACAAAACCAAAGUCAGCCACGGCCAACUUGCAAGCCACUUCUGGUUCCAAGUGGAAGGGAGCAGACCCUUCAAAGAGUAAUUCUUUUGACAUCUCUAAAGCCAAGCAAAUUUUUGAUUUGCUCAUGGCUGACAAGCAAUUGAUUUUCACAAUAGGCCACAAGAUGCCAUCGACCUCAGAAAUGGCCAAGAAAUAG